CGUUAUCAGGAUUGCAGUGGGAUGAUGACUUAUAAAUGAAUGUCUCAGUACUCGAGACAUCAGAGUAGUUGGAAGAUCGGUUGAGCUACCAUUUCAAAAUGAACAGUUUUUUGAUAAUUGCGUUUGUGGCGAUGGCCUCCAUUGCACUGAGUGAAGCCCUCGAUCCCUUUGCCGGGAUAACUCGCCUGAAAAAUGACGUAAAAUCGACCUCCAGCGAUAUUGAACGAUAUGGCAACAAGAUUUCUUCACAAACGAAAUUGAAAUUGGGUAAUUUGAAGAUUAACCAAAUGCAGAAUGUUAAUGACGCUGUUAACAGGGCUCUUGAUCAAAUUCGAAGUGACAUCGCAGCUGCGAAAAAAGAUGGAAAGAACGCGGACCAAUGCUACGAACCCUCUAGAAUGCAGCUCCGCGAUGCAUCUAAUACAGUAUUUAAACAAUUGGACAAGUGUGUUAAUGAUGCAGUGGAGCCUUUGAAUCCCGUUGUCAGCAACAUCGCUUCACACGUAACGAGAGGACAACUCCUGCUCUCUGAACUUGACGGCAUUGCUCUGAGCUGUGUAUCGGGUAAUGCUCUUCAGGUUCAGAUGUGCGUAGUUCAGAAAAUGCCGGCGGCUAAUGCUGCGGUUAAUUCCUACAAGUCCACAGCGAGUCAGCUGAAAAACACUGGAGAUUCAAUCUCUAAUUCUGCCCCAGUAUCGGCUACCAGGUGUUUCCAGCAACCUAUGAGUGACCUGUACUCAGCUACAUCGACAGCGAGAACAUCUGCUACUCAGUGCAUCAGAAACGCUUGAUGCUUAUUUUGUUUUGGUACAAAAUAGUGUAACAUUUUAUUUUCUAUUUCUUCGUAAAAUAAACUUUUUAUAAACGACAUAA